AUGGUAGCCGGUAAGGUAAGGCUGGCAAUGGGUUUGCAAAAAUCGCCAGCAAACAAAACUGAAACUCAUAAUAAUACACCACCACCACCAAAACCACCGCUUCCUUCUCCUAGCUCCGGCAAGGUUUCUUCUCAGAAGGCGGUUUUUUCACGCUCUUUCGGUGUGUACUUCCCUCGCUCCUCCGCUCAAGUUCAACCUCGUCCACCUGACGUAACCGAGCUUUUAAAACUCGUUGAGGAGCUUCGUGAACGUGAAUCUCUCUUAAAUACUGAACUUCUUGAGUUUAAACUGUUAAAAGAGAGCAUUUCCAUUGUUCCUGUUUUAGAAACUGAGAUUUCUAAUAAAAAUUUGGAGAUUGAGAAGGCAGCGAAGAAGAUAGAAUCUCUAGAGCGUGAAAACGAGAGCUUAAAAGCCGAGUUGAGUGAAGUGACAGUGAAAUUCGAAGAGGAGAGGAAAGAGGGUGAAAAGAAAGUUAAGGAGUUAGAAGCGGAAGUUGUAGAGAUGAAGAAAGCGGUGUCGGAUCGUGAGAAUGAAAUAGAGCUUUCUUCUUCACAAAGGUUUGAAGGGUUAAUGGAGGCCGCAACCAAAUCUAACUUGAUUAGAAGCUUGAAGAAAGGAGUCAAAUGUGCGGACAUUGUGAGUUCAUCGAGCCAGAAUCAAAAUGUAGAUCAUCAUUCGAAGAGAUUGGAAGAGAAUGUGGAAAUCGAGAAGCCGAGGCAUUCGAGGUGUAACUCGGAGGAACUCACUGAAUCAACUCUGUCCAGCCUCAGAUCUCGAGUUCCUAGGGUCCCUAAACCACCACCAAAACGAUCAUUGUCAUCGCCAGCAACAUCGUCAUCGUCAGUUUCACCCAGCGGUUCUGAUCAAUCAGUUUUAGGGCCACCUGCUCCCCCGCCGCCACCUCCGGUGGUCAAGAAGGUUGUUCCACCACCACCACCACCGCCUCCAAAGGGGAAGAGAGUUGGGACGGCGAAAGUGAGGAGAGUGCCGGAGGUGGUUGAGUUUUAUCACUCGUUAAUGAAAAGAGACUCGCGGCGGGAGGCCGGUGGAGUGGUUGAGCCUUUACCGGCAACGGCUAAUGCCCGGGAUAUGAUAGGGGAGAUAGAGAACAGGUCGACCCAUUUGUUAGCUAUAAAAACAGAUGUGGAAAUACAAGGAGAUUUUAUUAGGUUUUUGAUAAAAGAAGUUGAGAAUGCUGCAUUUACAAACAUUGAAGAUGUGAUCCCAUUCGUUAAAUGGCUGGACGAUGAGCUAUCUUAUCUGGUGGAUGAAAGAGCAGUGCUUAAACACUUUGAUUGGCCAGAGCAGAAGGCAGAUGCACUGCGCGAGGCUGCCUUUGGGUACUGUGAUUUCAAGAAGCUAGAAUCGGAAGCCUCGUUGUAUCGGGACGAUUCCCGCCAGCCAUGCGGUCCUGCUCUCAAGAAAAUGCAGGCUUUGCUUGAAAAAUUGGAGCAUGGCGUUUACAAUCUAUCAAAAAUGAGAGAAUCAGCAACCAUGAGAUACAAAGGUUUUCAAAUUCCAACGGAUUGGAUGCUUGAAACAGGAAUGGUUAGUCAGAUCAAGUUGGCAUCUGUGAAAUUAGCAAUGAAGUACAUGAAGAGAGUAUCUGCAGAACUUGAAACUGUCGGUGGGGGCCCUGAAGAAGAGGAGCUGAUAGUGCAAGGCGUUCGAUAUGCAUUCCGGGUACAUCAGUUUGCUGGAGGUUUUGACGUGGAAACAAUGAGGGCAUUCCAAGAGUUGAGAGAUAAAGCCAGAUCAUGUCAUGUACAAUGUCAGAACCAGCAGCAACAGAAACUUGUAUGCAGGUCUACAGCUUGUUAA